AUGGAAGAGGAUUACCUGAUUCGCUCUCUCACGAUGACCUUCUCCUCUCCAGCGACAUGUUCCACAGAUGAGUUGCCAAACCUGCUGGAGUGGGUGAAGCCCAACUACCGGCAGCAGGUGCAAAACUGGAUCCAGUCCCAUGCCAACGCGCACUUCGCCGGAGAAAGCUGCAAGGAGCUUCCGCUGCGAGGGGUCAAGAUGAUCUCACCCUUCUCAUCGAGUUCCUCCUUGCUGGUUGCAGAGCUGCAGGUGAGUCAAAUCACGGAGGGGGAGGGAGAAGACUGGGGCACCUGCUCCGACUCCUCCACGCCCGACAUGUACAUGGAUCUCGAGCUUCGACAGCUUUUUGCACUCUAA